GAGUAUAGUGUUGCUAAAUGCAGUUGUUCCAGGUAACGUCACCCAACAGUGGAGCCAGGUGUCAGCAAUCAACAUGUGACUGGCUAACUCACAUAAAAGCACUACUGUGUGGUUCAGUGCAAAGCUGCUGUCUGAACUAGAAGGAAGUGUAGACUAUUGUUGCUUUCUUUACAGUGUAACCCAAAGCGUUUCGCUUCGCUCAGACUGAAGAUGUCCGGCCGUGGGAAGAAAGCUGCACCCAAACCUAAAACUGCAAUGUCCCGGUCCUCCAGGGCAGGAAUUACUUUCCCAGUGGGCCGCAUCCACAGGCUGCUCAGAAAAGGCAACUAUGCUGAGCGAAUUGGCAAUGGUUCUGCAGUGUACCUCUCAGCUAUCCUGGAGUACCUGUGUGCUGAAAUUUUGGAGCUGGCAGGAAAUGCCUCCCGUGACAACAAGAAGCAACGCAUUGCUCCUCGCCACAUUUUGCUGGCAGUGAAAAAUGAUGAGGAGCUCAACAAACUUCUGGCAGGGGUCACAAUCUCAGAUGGUGGCGUCAUACCAAACAUCCAGGCGAGCCUUCUCCCCAAGAAGACCAAGGCACCCAAGGAUGACGGUUCAACUACUAAAGACAUUCAGUCUCAAGAGUUUUAAUUGAAAGUACAAGUCUUGUAAAUCUUAUCAAAUUAAAGUUUGUUUUUAAUGUA